AUGGUAUACAUUCCUGAUUUAUCAAAAGGAAAUAUAACAAAGAAAUUUAAAAACAUAAAAAAUUAUUUUAAACAUGAAAAUGAGAAUGAAGGUACUGAUCCACAAAAUAAUGCCAAUGUUGACGAAAAAAAAAAGAGCCAAUUUUUAGAUAAAAAAAAAUCUAAUUGUGUUAAUGAAUGUAACAAAAAAAAUUCAACCGAUAAAAAUAAUACUGUAGUAGUAAAAAGAACAUAUGCAGAAAUUAUCAAAGAUGCCAUUGAUAGAAAAAAAUGUGAACUAAACCAGAAAUUAACCUUUUUACGUGAGGAUAGGAAAAAAGAUAACAUAAAAACAGACAUAGUAAAUGAUGAUCAAGAAAUUGUUGAUGAUAAAGUAAAAAAAAAUGAAACUAAAGAACUAGUUGUCAAAAAAACAAAAUCAGAUACAAUUGUUGUUCCAUCUCAACCAUCUAAUACUAAUGUCGUACCUGAAACUGUUAAAGAAGAACAAGUUGAUACUACUACUGAUUCAGGAAACUUUAAAAAGCUUUCAUUUCCUAAUUUUACUGGAUUAAUGCCUAGCCCAAAUAUGGGAGCAAUCUAUGAUAAUUUUUCUACAAGUAUAAAAAAUGUUAAAAAUGGUAUUAAAAAUAUGGGUCAAAAUAUUGAAAUAAAGAAACCUGAUUUUGUUGGUCUUAGAAAAAGACUCUCUUCUAUAACAAAAGAAGGUCGACAAGAACGUUUUGAGAAACUUGCUGAAGAAGAAUACACUUCUUCCACAUCUGAUGAUUUAUUACCAGCAUUAAAUAAAUUUGUUAAAUUAAAAAAAAAGAAGGUAGAUACAAAUGCGGAAAGUAGUCAAAGAGAAGAUAAUAGUAAGAAGAGAAGGAAAAACAGAAAGGAUAAAAAAAUUCCUUUUGUAUAUUUGGCAAAUUUAUCUGUAAAAGAUGGAAAAGAUUUAGUUUCAGAAGAAGUUUACAAUAAACUUCAUAUGAAUAAUAAAUUCACUAAAGGAUUUUUUACUGAUUCAAAAGGAAAACCUUUAUGGUGUAAAAAAGCAGGUGAUCAAUCAGUUGAAGAAUCCGAUGAUUCUAGUACAGAUUCAGGAGAUAUUUGUGCUCUUGUUUCUGAUGCUCUUCUUGCUUAUUGUGAUGGAAAUUUUCAAAUAGCAGAACAAUUACCAAGAGCAUACACAUCAGAUGCAAAUGGUGAUCUUCACGAAAUUGUAAAAAAUGAUCAUCUUUAUACGAUGGAUUGUGUUAUCAAUAAUACAGUUCGAACAUUCUCCAAGAUGGAAGAAUAUAAAAAAAGUGUUCAAAGUUUGGAAUGUUCUAAACCAGGAAAUACAAAAAUAAAUCAAAUGCCACUUCUUAAAUUUGCAAAAGAGGUUAAAGUAGUUAUUUAUAAUCGUAUGAAUCCUAGUGAGUUAGCAGAACCCAUAGAAUUUAUACCACUAGAUGUUGGUCCAUCAAAGCAUUUUAAUAAUAAAGUUCAAUAG